AUGUCUUCCAUUGAAAUUCUUCCAGAUGUUUUAGAAUACAAACCACCAUUAACUGAACAAUCUACAGAAUAUGCUACCAUUACCAACAAUUCUUCAGAGACUAUAGCUUUCAAAGUUAAGACUACUGCUCCAAAAUUCUAUUGCGUGAGACCAAACGCUGCUGUGGUGGCUCCUGGUGAAACCGUUCAAAUACAAGUUAUCUUUCUUGGUUUAGCUGAGGAACCAAGUGCUGAUACCAAAUGUCGUGAUAAAUUCUUGGUUAUAACACUACCUGCCCCACAUGAUUUAGGUGACAAGAGUGUUGCUGAAGCCUGGCCCGAAUUGGAAGCAGAAUUUGGUUCUCAAGCUAUCUCUAAGAAGAUUAAGGUUAAAUAUGCUCAAAAUUUUGAACCAGAGGUCGCUGAUGUUAAAACAAACGAAAACAAAGAAGAAACUAUACCCGUUGGUACCAAGAAGGAAGAAGAAGUAGCACAAGAAGAAAAUAUGGAAGAAAGAGAAAAUACUUCAUCUGCAGAAAUUACACCAACUUCUGCCACUACUGAUCUUUCAACUAAUCAACUUGAAAAGAAAGAAGAAAAACAAGUACCUGAGGAUGUUAAGGAACAUGUACCUGAAAAGUCUGCUGAAACAAUUUCAAAUAACGAAGUGUAUCAACCUCAAUCUUCAUCAUUUGUUCCACCAAUUAUAGUAGCCAUCAUUGUUCUAUUGAUCGCUUUGAUUGUCCGUAAAUUCUACUUAUAA